UUAAAAGGCGUGCGUCGGAACCCUAAAUCCACAAUUCACGCCUUCACCAGAUUGUCCGCAAAAUUCAAAUACUUCACCGGCCGCCGGAGACAAUAUCCACAAGACUAAUCCGCAGAGAAUCGUUGGUUCUCUCAUUUUAACGCUGCAGGUUCAACUCUGAAUAUGGAGGAACAUGAGCAGACCCAUGGUAAUCUGCCAGAAUUGGCACUGGGACUGGCAUCAAGUGAGGGUCCUGUACUCAGUUUGCAGGCUGAGCAUCGAUCUAGUGACAUAGAGAAAGGAAAGGAUUUGGCACCACUAACAUGUAGACGAGCUGAUAGGCAGUUUUGGAAAAUGAAGCCUUUGGAUGCGCGUGUGCUUCUUCAUCUUGCACAAGCAGGAUUUUAUGGUGUAUAUUGCAUUGGGCAAUUACCAUUAGAUCACUCGCUUAUCACCGCACUAGUUGAAAGAUGGAGAGAGGAGACACACACAUUCCAUUUUCCAGUUGGAGAGUGCACAAUCGCAUUACAGGAUGUUGCAAUUCUUUUAGGACUGCCUAUAGAUGGUGAUCCAAUCACUUCACCAGAGUCUUCCAAGAAGAUGCAGGAAUGGCAGGCUCUGUGCCAGGAGUUAUUAGGAGUCACUCCUCCACCUAAAGAUUUUAAUGGUAAUCGACUUCGGCUUCGUUGUCUCAAUGAAAGGUUUAAGAGCCUUCCAUCAGAUGCUGAUGACACUGUAAUUUUAUGCCAUGCGAGAGCUCAUAUUUUGCGUAUGAUCGGUGGGUUAUUGUUCCCUGACAAAUCUCAGUCUAAGGUAAAACUCAUGUAUCUUCCAUUCCUCAGAGAUUUAGAGGCAUGUGGGAAACUCAGCUGGGGGAGUGCUGUAUUAGCUUGCUUAUAUCGUGAAAUGUGUCGAGCUAGUAAGUCUAAAGCCAAGGAGAUUGGUGGUCCCCUCAUUUUGUUGCAGUUAUGGGCAUGGGAAAGGCUUUUGCCAUUUCGUUUGGAGAAAAAACUUCCAAGAUUGAAGCCACCAUAUACUGAAGAUGUGUCGAAUGGCUCUGAUCUUGUUGCUGUGGAGGAUGUUGAAGCUCAUGUUAUCAGUGAAAGAGACCAUGAUUUACCUGGGAAACCUUUAGGGAGUAGGUGGAGAGAGAGAUUCAGGCAUAAAAAAGGUGUUGCACACAAUCUGGAGCUUUACAGAAACCAGCUAGAUAGGCUAAAGGAGGGUGAGUUUAUAUGGAGACCUUACAAUCCUGAAGUUACAGCACAAUUGCCAUCGUAUUGUUUGUCUGGUCAAGCAAUUUGGCAUACAGUGUCACCACUUAUAUGUUUUAGUAUAGUGGAGUGGCAUCUUCCAAACCGAGUAAUGCGUCAGUUUGGGCUUAAGCAGAUGAAGCCACCUAAUUGUGAUACUCGCAGGGACCUUCAUCGGACUGACAUGCGUGGAAGGGAAGGUUAUGACUUUGAAAAACUUCAUUUGCACCAUGUUUUGCUCUGGAGAGAUCGUAAUCAGCAUGUCAUUCAGGGAGAGCCAUUUGACGGAAUAAUGGCUGAUGAUGAUCCUUAUCUUGUGUGGUAUCGUGAGAUUACUCGCUUAAGGAUUGGGAAUCCAAGUCAGAAGCAAGAGGAAAGAUAUGUUGAGAAGGAAGACAUAAUCAAGUCAAUAGCAGAGACAAUUGUGAGCAUCUAUAAGAAAAGCGAUGGGACCAUCAAGGAAUUUAAUGAGGAUUUGGGGUUACAAUCACUUGUACAAAUUCGAAGGAUGUGCAUCAAUUCACUGGAGACAAUGCAGAAGCACCCUGGUCCAGCUGGACAUCUUGCAUCUGAGAUCGUAGUAUCAAGGUCAACACCAGCUCCCUCUUCUUCACAUAUGCCUCCCCGCAAGAGACACAGAGGCCUUGUUGCUCCAAGAUCUCCAAGGAAAUCGAGGAAGAAAAAUGUUAAUAAAGCUUCACCAAUUACACCUACUGAUAUAACUUUGCAUCCAUUACCAGAUGCUGCAUCAAUUUCAGUUCACUCACCACUUAGUGUUCUAGCAACCUCAGCAGUAGGAUUGUCACGGGAUCCUCCAGCAAUGCCUGUUGAUCCUCCAUCCCCAUCAAUGCGUAUUUAUUCUCCAUCUCCAUCAAUGCCUAUUGAUCCUCCAUCCCCAUCAGUGCCUAUUGAUCCUCCUGGCCCCUCAGUGCCUAUUGAUCCUCCUUCCCUCUCAGUGCCUAAUGAUCCUCCUUGUCCCUCAAUUUCUAUUGAUCCUCCAUCUCCGUCUGUGCCUAAUGAUCCUCGAUCCCCACCAGUCCUUUGCCUUUCAAAAAAUACGUCAAGCUUACCAGUUGUAUUUGGAGAACUUUCCUCCUCAGUUUUACCUCUUCCGCAUUCUUGUCCACCUCUUCCCCUAUCAUGGCCUUCUAGUGGUCUUUUAACUCGUGAAUGGAUCAUGGAUUUGGAGAUUGCUCUUGAUUGGUCCUCUAGGAACAUGCCUCCUGAACAAUUUUCCUCUGUGGUUCCUGAAGAGGUAUUCAAUCAAUUGGUUUUAUCAGCAUCAACUAUCAUGUCUAAAGAGCCCAACUGCCUGAGAAUAGAUGGUGAAUUCGGAUUGAGCCCAGGAUCUAGGGUUGUAGUGGUUGGAGAUUUGCAUGGACAGCUGCAUGAUCUGCUAUUCUUGUUAAGAGAUGCUAAAUACCCUGAUGAUGAUAGAUUCUUUAUAUUCAAUGGGAAUUACGUGGACAUAGGAGCUUGGGGACUCGAAACCUUUCUUAUCUUGUUGGCUUGGAAGGUCCUUUUCCCCAACAAGGUACACCUUCUACGUGGUAAUCAUGAGACCAAACUUUGUUCUAGCAAGCACGGGUUCAAACAGGAAAUUUUGGUUAAAUAUGGGACAAAAGGAAAAGAUGUGUACCAAAAAUGUUUGAGUUGCUUUAUAAAGCUUCCUCUUUCUUCUGUCAUAGCUGGUAAAACAUAUGUUACACAUGGAGGACUCUUUCGUAGCAUCACUAAAGGAAAGAAGAGUAAAACUUCAGUAGAUGACCUGAAGGAGAUUGGCUCUUUAGAGGACCUAUCGAAAAUAAGAAGAUUCGUCCUAGAUCCUCCUUUAAAUGGUAAGAACGCAAUUAUUGGUGAUAUAUUGUGGUCUGCCCCGUCAAUGAGCCCUGGAUUUUCCAAGACUAAUCAACAAUCUUUUGGCCUCUUGUGGGGCCCGGAUUGUACGGAUGAGUUUUUAAAGAACUCAAAUUUGAAGUUAAUUAUCAGGGGACAUGAAGGUCCUGAUGUAAGAAAAGACCAGCUUGGCCUUGGAGGAAUAGAUGAAGGGUACACCAUUGAUCAUGAUGUGGAAGCUGGAAGACUAAUUACAGUAUUUAGUGCCCCAGAUUAUCCACAGUUCCAGGCGAAAGAGGCCAGGUACCUGAAUAAGGGAGCAUAUGUUGUUUUGGACCACCCUGAUUUUGAUGCUCCCUCUGUACGGAUAUUUGAAGCAGUCACUCCAAGACCCAAGGCAAAUGCUUACUAUGAUUACAAAAAUGUCGCUGGUUCAAGUGAGGAAGGGAAUUUAGCAAGUAGCUCGCAUGAAGAUUUGGACUUGGCUGGUGGUUCUGAUGAAGAAAUAAAUUGCCCUCAUUAAUGUUAGUUUGGAGGACCUUCUCCACAAGAAAUUUGCAAGGCAGCAUAAGUCAAGAAGAAGUGGACACUGGUGGCAGCAGUGCCCCAUUUGAUAGCUUAUGAAGGAACAAGUCCUGUUAAGAGUAGUUCCAGUAUUUGCUAUUUCAGCCUUUGCCUUUUGGGUUAUAUGCCUGUAACUUGUGUGAACAAGUGUUACUGGAACUUCACUGGCUUUCAAGAACCGGAGAAAAAGAGGCAAGGUAUGGAAUUUUUGGUAGCAAAAAGAGUAUUCCAGCCUUGAUUUGAUGGAAGUUAUCAGUUUGCACGGGCGUCAGUACCCAUUGGAGUUUCUCUCUCUAGGCGUGCAAAACAACAGAGCCUCUGCUCCUCUGAAGCUGGAGUAAGGAAUUGUCCACGUCGCCUGAUUCUUUCCAACACCCAAUUAAGAUUUGGGUAAAUGAAGCUGAGAGACAGUCCACCAGUGCAGCAUUUCGUUCCUGCCUUGCUUCUAACUGGAUUUCUGCAAGAAUAGAAAUAGUAAAGGUGGUUGUACAUUUAUUACGGUUCACUAACCUUCUGCAUAAGCUGUUUCUGGCAGCAUUUGGUUCCUGUAUUGCUACAUAACCGGAUUUCUGCAAUAAGCGUUCCUAGCCUUCUGCAUAAGCUGUUUCUGGCAGAUUCUGUGACUUUGUUUAGUAAAAUUAUGAAGUUGCUGCCUAUUGAUUGUGACAGCUUAUAAAAAAUCUUACCCCCCGGCCA